AAGCCACACCCCCAACAUACAUCUCCAAGAUAUACUACUUUGUAUUUAUGACUUUAAUUCUCAUGGCUAUGCCAAUUUUUAAAAUCCCUAUUCUCUUACUUUUCCUCCUUACAUCCAUCCCUUCCAUCUCCUCUCAUCCAUUCGAUCCUCUAUCUCCGCUUGAGAUUCAAAUCGUCACCUCCACAGUCAAAUCCAAAUUCACCAACAUUGCUCAACGUCUCACUUUUCAUUACGUCGGUAUCGAAGAUCCGAACAAACCUGCCGUUCUGUCAUGGGUAGCGAAUCCCCGUUCCCCGCCUCUACCACGUCAAGCCUUUGUUGUGGUACGAGCAAACAAGCAGACCCACGAGUUCAUCGUGAGUCUAGCCAAUGGCAAAGGGUCGAUUGUAUCGGAGCAUGUGUACCAAGGCAACGGUUAUCCAACACUAACACUUGAAGAACAAGAAGAAGCCAUUGAGGUUUCACUCAAACAUCAACCCUUUAUAUCCUCCAUUGAGAAAAGAGGGUUAAAUAUUUCGGAUGUUGUGGGCUCUGUAUUUUCAAUUGGGUGGUUUGGAGAGGCCCAAAGUGAGACGAAAAGGAUUGUGAAGGUUUUGUUUUUUUACAAGGAAUCAACUGUGAAUGUUUGGUUGAGGCCAAUUGAAGGGAUUGAAACGACGGUGGAUCUUGAUGAUAUGGUGUUGACGGAACUUAAAGAUAUUCAUGUUUCUGUUAUGCCAUCGAGUGAGGGCACAGAGUAUCAAGCUUCGACUAUGCGGCCGCCAUUCGUGGCGGAGACUAAGCCCAUUCUUGUUAAUCAGCCGCAUGGUCCUAGCUUUGUGGUUAGAGGACACACUGUCAGUUGGGCGAACUGGGAUUUUCACCUAAGCUUCGACAUGCGAGUGGGAGUCGUAAUAUCAACAGCUUCAAUAUACGACAUCGACCAACAGAAAAACCGACAAGUUCUAUACCGAGGCCAGAUCUCGGAGCUGUUCGUACCGUACCAAGAUCCAACAGAGGAGUGGUAUUAUCGGACGUUUAUGGACGCUGGAGAAUUCGGGAUGGGGUCGUCAGCGGUGGCGCUCGAGCCCCACCACGACUGUCCUUCUAACGCCGUAUUUUUCGACGCCUUCCACGCCGGCCAAGACGGAACGCCGGUGAAGUUGGAGAAUGCGUAUUGUAUGUUUGAAAAAUAUGCCGGAGAUAUUGCUUGGCGCCACACCGAGGCCGUAAUUCCGGGAAAAUUGAUAAGAGAAGUGAGAAGGGAAGUGAGCUUGGUGAUAAGAACGAUAACGGUAAUUGGGAAUUACGAUUACAUAUUGGAUUGGGAGCUCAAAAAAUGUGGCACUAUCAAGCUUUCGGUGAGUUUAACAGGAAUCAUGGAAGGAAAAACGACAACAUAUAAGCACGAAAGUGAGGUAAAGGAGGAAAUAUAUGGCCUACUAGUAGCCCCCAACACAAUUGGCAUAAACCACGACCAUUUCAUCACAUAUUAUCUAGAUCUCGACAUCGACGGUCAGGAAAAUUCCUUUCACAAACUUAAAUUGAAGAGUUUCAAAACCGAUGGCUCAACGCCGAGAAAGAGCUACUGGUCGGUGGUGUCGGAAGAGGUAAAGAAGGAACUCGACGCUAGACUCCGACCAACUGAGCCCGUGGAGUUGCACAUUGUGAACCCAAAUAAGAAAACUGCAGUAGGAAACAAAGUCGGGUAUCGUUUAAUUCCGGGGCCAAUGGCUAUUCCACUCCUAUCAGAAGAUGAUUAUCCACAAAUAAGAGGAUCGCUCUGUGAUUAUGAUAUAUGGGUUACACCUUUCAAUAAAUCUGAGAAAUGGGCAGGUGGUAUGUACGUCGAUCGUGGUCAUGGUGACAAGACCAUUACUCAUAUAACACAACAGAAUAGGGAUAUUAACAACAAGGAUAUUGUGCUAUGGCACACAAUAGGGUUCCAUCAUCAUCCAAGUCAAGAUGAAUUUCCAAUAAUGCCCACCCUCACCGGAGGCUUUGAACUUCGACCUACUAAUUUCUUUGAUAGAAAUCCAAUUCUCAAAAUGAGAUCCCCAUAAGUAUUAAGUUAUCUUUAUAAAACCUCAAAACGACAUAAUAUUCAUGUACGACGACUUUUGUGUUUCGAGGAAUUCUAGCUCCCCUUUUCUUUUGCUAUAAUAAAUUCUCUCUAUUGUUGAAGAUAAUUAAUUAACAUCAAAUAAGUAUUAAUUAAUUGUCUCUAA